UUCUGGUCUGCGGAAACUCUUCAGUGUCAUCUCUAAAGACCUUCUUGCCCUAGAGGUUCAAGAGCUUGGGAACACUAAGGCUAAGAAGCCUAAGGAAGCUCCGAUGUUCUCAGAGAUCUGUGAAGCAGUGAAGCCCCACCUGGAUAACAAUGAAGAUAUCCCUCUUCCAUUGCUGGCCAAACUGCUCAAAUGGAAACUCUUAGCCAUUAAGCAGAAAGAUCUGAAGAGAAGAGAGGAUGAAAAGAAGGUAUCCAGUGGCAAAGACAAAGACAAGAAAGGUGGCAAGGCAGACAAACGAGCUCGGAGCAAAUCCCCAGUAAAGGGCAAGGGGAAGAAUAAAUCCCCUGAGGUUCCGUCUCCCAAGAAGGAGAGCAAACUGAAGAAGAGAGGAGAAGAAGAAGAUGAUAAUAAAUACAUCGAUGAUGAGCCUGACGACGGCCCACAACACUACAUUGUGAUUGAAGGGUUUGACCUUGCACCCUUGCUAGCUCUACUCUCUGACCUGGGUAUCAAUGUAGACAGCAUCAUUAAGGUGGGGUCAGAAGACUAUGAGAAGUUUGAAAAGAGGAAAGCACUGGAAGCAGAGCAAGAGGAGGAGGAGAAAUCUCCAGAAGUUGUGGAAGCAGAGAAAGCAAAGAUAAAGAAAGCAACUACAAGAUUAGAGACUUUCUGGAAGCAACAUGAUCCCCUUCUUCGCAAUGCUCCUAAGGGAUCUAAACUCCAUGAUGUAGCAAGGUUGACGUACACCGUCAAGGAGAAGAUUAUUCCAGAUGACGUGGAUGACAAUGAACUUAGGACUGAGUUUGGUACGGCCCUGUUUGAGGAUGUUGCCUGUAUGAUGUAUGACCUGCUGGAUUCUAAACGACAAUUCCUGCACUACAUGGACAACAUGAAACUUGUACAAGUCCCAUCUGCAUCUGGGCCCCCCAUGCCUCCAGCGAUGUCUGAAGUCCAUUCUGGGGUGUCCCUGACUACCUCAGGGGCAGGUGCUGCAUUGACUGCUGGUGGCCCUGCCGAUAUCCAGGGGUUAGGGGGACUAGAGCAGAAGCCUUCCCCUGCCGAGGUGGAUCAACGCUACUACAAUGAGCUAAUGGAUAGUAUACCACAUGAGAGUGCUAGUAUACCAUUGAUCAUGCACUGUAUGCUGGAGCAGAUUACAGCAACAGAAGAGGACCUAUUGCCACCCAGUGAGAAGGCACAUACACCCAGGGAUGAUGGUUUAGAUCCAAUACUAGCUGCCCAUAUUGAGGGUAUGACAACCAAGCUGCACCUCUCAACACAGGAUAAAGAGAAUCUGGAGAACAGUUUCCAUAGUCUUACCUCCAAGUCUCCUGUGUCUAAUGGGGAUGCCACCAAGCCUUACUUCUACCGCAGUGGUGAUGACAUUGCCCGACGACUCCACCAUCUCAAGACACUGAAUGGAUUCAAUCCCUUGGAGGCUGAGCUUGCUAUGAUGGACUACAUUCCGGUGGCGAAGCUGCGAGAGUUUCCAAGACCUUGUUUGGCUGUCUUGAAGCAGAGGGCUGCUCGAUUGCAGGAGUUGAUUCAGCACUGUGCUAGCGGCAUGGUGGACCAGGCCAAAGUGGACCACGCCUUCAGACAGUUUGUCUUUGAGAGCCUGAAGCUGAGAGGAACUGACUCUAGUGGCAACAUCCUCAACAGUACAACUGGUGAAGGCAAGAUCGUAUGGGAUGAUCCCUAUCCUCUCUUUGUCAAACAGGAUGCCCUGCUGGAGAUUUCUGUACCGGUGGCCAUAGCUAAUGCUAAUCAGUCUUUGGAUAAGCCAGGUUCAAAACCAGGUUCUGCAAAGAGUACUCAAAGUGAUCUGACAGCUAGUGGGAUACUGAAGAAUGAACCUAUGCCCAAAUCUCGUCAAGGGUCUGCCUGCAGUGCCAAGUCAGUCAAGAGUACAGUUCACUUUGAGAAGGAUGCGUCUGGCAACCCCAUCCUCCCCUCUAAGGAGCCACUAGUCUUGGAUUCCCGAGCUUCCCCUUCAGAGAACUCCCUGGAUCCCCAGGUCACUAAAGGUCAGAGGUCAAGAUCUAACUCAGCAGGGAGUAUUGGGGUUCAGGAGAUUGGUGAGAAGCCCAAGAGGAACCUAGAUGAAUGGCGGUAUGCUGAGUACUUGGAACCAAGAGUUCUACUUCAGGUUCUUCAAGAUGCAUGUGAGGUACACCCAUACAUGGACACAUACUACCACAAGAGGGACCACUCUCUUCUUGUAGUCAUGCAUAAUCCUAUCGGGCCUGAUCUCAAGAAUCAUGAACCAUGGAGUACCAAGUUGCAUUCGAACGUCGGCUUCAGGAACUACAUGGAGCAUGUCGCUGAUCACAUCAAAGAAUGGGUGGAUGUUGAGGAAGAGAAGUACCAAGCUGAGAUGAGACGUAAGGAACUAGAAGCCAUGAGGGCUGCUGCUGCUACCCCAUCUCCAUCUGUCUCAAGACCCUCUAGUGGCAAGAGUCGAGCCAGGUCUGGAUCACCCAAAAAGUCACGCUCAAAAUCUCCUAAAGGAAAGCGUAGUGUAAGCCCGACCCACUCAAUUGACCACCUGGACCCUGGCAGUGGUCAGUUUAUGAGGCCAAAUUCUAUGAAGGCCUGGAAGCUGGAACAAGACAAGAUUCGAGAAGAGGAAGAGAAAAAACGACUGGAGAAGGAAAAGAAAGGAAGACCAAGGUCUCGUUCUCGCUCAGCAUCCCCAAAGAAAGAGGACAAAGACAAGAAAGAUGACAAGAAGGACAAGCGAGCCACAUCCCCCUCUAAGGAGAGUGGUCGCAACAGCAAGAAGGGAGUCAAAGGUGAUAAGGGGUCAACAGGAGAGGAAGAGAAGACCGGGGAGGUAGUGCCAGAGGAGCCUAAGGAACCAGAACGAGAUUAUCCUUUUGUUGGAUAUGAUGUUGGUAAUGAUUUGAUUCAUGCAAGUGGUUUUGUUACUACUCUGUUUCCAUGUGAUGGAGGCCAGAUACGCACAGAGAAAACACAAUUCAUUGAUGGCCCAACAUUUAUGAAGACAUCUGUACUGAAAGACGGCCAUGUCUUUGUAAUCCAUCUCCUCAACCCACGUGAGAUGAGUGAGAAUGAGUUGAAGAUGCAGACUGAGGAGGAAGCAGUGGUGGAGAAAGCUGAGAAUGAAAAACAGGAGAAAGAUGAAGGGGAUUCACCAGUCAAGGGUAUGGGUCAGAUGCAACAGGAUGCCACAUUGGAUGAACCUAAUGUACUAGAACCAGCGGAGGAGAGGCCUAAGCCAAUCAGCACCUUUGGCUCAUUUACUGCCACCCUUAGUGAUGGCAUGGUGCUGGCUCUCAGUAACUAUGGCAACAAGGGGACUCCCUUUGGAGCAGAAGAGACAAAGCAAGAGGUAGAGAUCUAUGUUCCUCCACCUACAAGCCCAUCUCCACCCCCUACCAUCUCAUCUCCUAAGGGGACUAGGGCGGGGUCAGCCAAGAAGGGAAAGAAACAACAGCAGCAGCAAGAGGCUGAGAGACAGGCACAGAUGCUGCUGGAACAACAACAGAAAGAGGAAGAGGAGAGGAGAAAGUCAAUGGAGGAUGUCAAGAAGAAGUCACAAGAACCAGAGGAGCCCCCAUUCCAGCAGCUCUUUGUCUCUUGUCCAGAUGGCCUCCAUGUCAAUUACCUCUUGGAAAAAGAUGCAGGAGUAACGCAAUUUGACUCUCAAUCUUCAAGCCGUCUCUUGGUGAGGCAGAGCUACCCAUUUAAGACGUCAGGGCAACAGGAAUGUGAGUCUGCCCGUCAGGUCCCAGCUAUGAAAGAGAAGUCUCGACUGAUUACUAGUGAUGGUAGUGUCAUUAAGAUCAUGAAAGACAGCAGCGUACAGGUAUUGUUUGCUGAUGGUGCUGUUAGUGUCAGUCAAGGAGCUUCUACAUCUAAUCAGGUCAUGCCAAGCCCAUCUCAAAGCAGAGAGCAGUCACCGCAGCGAGGGGGCAGUGGAAUCAGUACACUAGUGUCCGAGACAGCAGCCAAGAAAGGCUCUAUAAAAGGGGCACCCAGCAAGACAGCAGCCAUUUCAGGAGGCGAGAAGCCAGAGGAAGGCCAGGAAGGGGUCACAGUUGAAGACCCUCGCAUCAGCGAAUGGAUAACUACUGCUAAGGACGGUACCCGUAUAGGUACCAAAGCAGAUGGUAGUAUGUAUGAGCUCAAGUCAUGCAUGAUGUAUUCUGCAACAGACCCUUUGACUUAUGAGGUGAUGUGUACUAGGGAGGAUCGUGUUGUGGUAUUGCAACGCCCAGAUGGAUCACGUAUUGUAGAUCACAAUGAAGGGACACGAAUCACCACUUACUACAGCCGUAUGGACUGUGCUGGAGAUGCUGAAGAGCUAGCUGAAACAGGUGAGGUUGGCUCAGCUGGUUUUAAGCUGAUCAAACACUACAAGAUUGAAUGUCCAGGCUAUGCUACCGUCAUCUUCAACAGUGAGGAUAGCCUGGCUACCACAAUAUUUGGCAGUGGCACAGAGAUUAUUAGCAUUCCUGAUGGCUCCUAUGAAGUACUUCACCAUGAGGGCGGCAGAGUGACUGUCAAAAGUGAAGGGACAGUGGGAUACUUACCUCCAGUUGAGAGAGAGGAUGUAGGACCAAAGGCAUACACGAUGAGACAUCAAAAGCCAAUAGUCUUUGAGAUGGAGGAUGAAGCAGGCAAUGUCUUCACAGUGCAGUCAACAGGAGAGGCAAACGUCAUCAAGUCUAAAACUGACGGGGAUAAUAAAGAUGAGAGUGUGAAAUGUGACCGCCAUUUACCAAGGUUCUUUGUUAUUAAUGAAGAUGGAAGUGGUAUUGAGCUUCUUCGUGGUAACGAUAUAGAGACAUACUUCAAACGAGCUAGCUUGGACCCAAACACUGCCAUCUUGAGUGACCCACUUCCUGACCAUCCAGAUGUCAAUGGCAUCACCAUCAUGCGACCUUACACAGCGAACCUAAGUAAGACCUGGCUUAUGACCCUAGAUGAGCCCAAUAUUGUCCCACCAAACCUUCGCUCUCGUGACUUCACAAAGCUUCCAGCUCGUGAAUACAAAACUCCUGGCCCUAAUUUUGGAACCAAAGUUGGGAAGGGGCUUGCUGUUGGUUCUCGUUCCUCAAGUAAAGGUUGCCUCUCUAUUCCAAAGUGUCCCAAAGAACUUGAGAUCAGACAAUUUGUUGAGUAUAAACCAAUUGAUGAGGAGUUAAGACAGAAGAUGAGGGCAGGUCUUGAGGCAUAUGCCAAGGAGAUAAAGAGUAAGGACUGGAGAUGGGCAGACGAAGAAUUGAGGGAGCCUAGAGAAGAAGAAGAAAGGGUCAAAGCUGGAGAGCUUCUGGCGAGCAUCUUGGCCCAGGAUGAGGGAGAUGACACCAAGACAUCCCCUGCUGAUGCAGUAGCAGAUGGAAACACUCACAGUGCCCUGCCCAAAGAUGCCUUAUCGAAAACAAAACCAAGAGAUGUAUCUGAUGCUGAUAAUAACAAGAUAUUGUAUGAGAAGGCCACUGCACCCCCUCCUUUACCCCCAGCUCCUAAGCCAAAGGAUAAAUACACACAGGAGGACUGGGACAAAGUCAGACGGGACCUUGCUAAGGAACAGAAUCUGCGCAAGGCCUUGCGUAACCAUGAGGUACCACCCUACUUUAAGAGUGAAUGGGGAGAGAGCUUUAUCGUUGGUCAGAAUGCCAACAAGGGCCCAGACAUGGAGAACUUGACGAAGGAUCUGGCUGAGGCAACUAGGCAAGGAGAUGGACAAGGGACUGCAUUUAGUCUUCCUAGUACACCAUCUGAAUCACCAGGGAGUCAACCCCAAGCUGCUCAAGAUUCUUCUCGUCAAAGUGAGCCUUCAGACAGUGCCUCACCACAAAAACAGCCAUCACCAGUCAACCUUACCAUCAACGCCCCGAUAACAUCGUCAAGCCCCUCUGAUGUGCGUCCAUUGAAUCCCACUCCAGCCCAUGCUGGUGGUCAAGGAACGCCGACCACUCUCCGUCCUAAUAACCCGACACCUGCACACGCUUCACAAUUACAGGGACCAGCUACCAGACCAGGCAACCCCACCCCGGGAGGGUUGAUGGAUAACACUAACUCCCAGACAGCAGUCCAACCCAGCGAGACUCCAUCCAGUUAUGCAUCCUUUCCUAAUCAUCCAUCUACCAUACCUGAACAUGUAGAUGAAGGAGCUUAUACUGAUCGCUCUGGCUACACUGAUAGAAACAGUGUAAAUGUAAAUAAUGCAGUGGAUGAGCCCCGUUCCCUGAGCCAGUUCAAUGAGAAUAGAGCAUCAGGCAUGGAUGGAGAUGGUAUCCCAUCAGCUGGGAGUGAUCUCAUCCUGACCAAGAGCCUGCUUGUAGAUGUCAAUGGGGAACCAAGGAAAGAGACUGUCCGACUUCCGGCAGCCAUCUUGGGACAGAGGCCUGGCAUGGUGCCCAAUCAACAUUUUCAAGUUCUUGAGGACCCCGUUCGACGUAAGGUCUACACCUCUUCUAUUGCAGGGGCCGAGGCAAAAGGAAUUGCCCCCUUGUCUAAGAUGAGAGGGUUUGAGUUGGUCCCAGGAGAGGUACACUUUGGGACACUAUGUGAGGGAUGCACGUAUGCCUUCACAGUCAACCUGAAGAACUUUGGGAUUGACUCCUGCAGGUACAAAGUAAAGCAGCCACCACCUGCGACUGGACUUCAAGCUGUGUACAAGCCAGGACCUGUUUCAGCUGGGAUGAAAGCUUUGCUUGAGCUGCAAUUGUAUGCAAUAGCUGUAGGAGUUCAAGGGGAGAGUGGUCAGGGAUCCAUUGGACAUCAUGUGGAAAUCAUCACAGAGAUGGAACAACUGUUUCUACCAGUCACUGCAACUAUUCUAACAGCCCAUGAGUAUGAUGAACAGUGUCGCACACUGGGUACACCUAAGGUGUCCCCUGGGGUAAGAAUGAUAUCAGCUAGACCUCCAUCUCGAGAAGGCAUCGUUCGACCUCGUAAAACACAACAACCAGGAAAGGGUAUUGAUGGUACUUCCCAGCUUGUCCAGUGAUUGAGCAUCGUCAGAAGAAAUUUCCCAAAAGUUGACUGAUUCAUUACACCAGUUUCCGUCCGAAAGAUUACAUGUAUAUUAUUAUUUUAAUAAGCACUUAAAUGCGGUCUGCCUUAUCUUCAUCAUUUGUAUCGAUAAACUUACUUUGUAAACAAACCAUUCAUAUGCAACUAAAGAGAAGAAAAAUAACAAGUUUUAUUAGAACUUUGGUUGUUUGGUACAUAGGUCAGGAUAUGAAAACUGUGCCGCUUUCCAUGGCAUUUUCUUUGUUUUGGCGCCCUAUUCCAGUAACAGUCAUGGAACUGGUAUGAAAGUAAUAGGGCCAGGCAUUUUUGCUUGUGGUUUCCGUAUGGGCAAUUAAAUAUAAAAUUUUAAAAAAUCCAUUAAUUGGUCAUCAUUAUGAAUACACAUUGGCGAGUUGCAGUCAGUUUGACAAUUCUGAACCAAUUUCUAGGAUUUGUUGACAAUCACAAAAAUAAACUUGAAUUUAUGAUUUGUCUAAUUGUGAUUUUUUUUUAAAUAAAUUUCUAGAGGAGUUGUAUAAAGAAAAUUGUUGUUUGUUGCUUUAAAACAUUGAGUUAAAAAAUGAAUUGUUAAGUAUGUAAAGAAUCCACCUGUAUGUACUUAUUUCAAGCUUUAAGCUUUAUUUACUUGUAUAUUAUUUUUCUUUAACAGGUUUCUUCUUUGUAUAAUGUUAUAGGUCUAGCUUGCAUUCAAACAUUUGGAGCAACCUUGGGCUUCCAACAGUGGUGCUCCUAGACAUUUGUAUAUGUUGGGGUGGGGGGAGGCAGGCGGGGGCAAAGAAAAUUUGUUUGGGCCUUCAACUUUACUAGAACCAUGUGCAAUGGAAGAGUGUGAGAAGUGAGCCUAGUUGAUGUACUGAACCAUGCGUUCUUAAAAUUUUCAAGCAAUGUUUUAGUUAAGUUACAAGUCAUGCCCUAAAGACGUUUUAAUUUUGAAAACCAUACGGAUCCUUGUUUACGUUUUCUUUAAUCAAAUUAA